AGGAAGUGAGCAGUUCAAGAGCUAGUCGCGAGAAGAUUGAGGUAUAAUAAGAAGCCACGUCAUGAAAACUUGACUGAGGAACCAAACGUUCGUGAAUAAUUGUUGUCGUCGAAAGGGAAUUAUAACACAAGGGGUAUCGUCAGUCGCCACAGGACUUUGGGACUGUUCGUUUGCCUUUAGGCAAUUCGUUGACUGUGGUCGUUUUGCCAAGAUCGUAUGGAAAGAUGUCAGAUAUCGGGGACUGGUUCAAAACAAUCCCGUUCAUCACCCGGUACUGGUUUGCUGGGUCGAUUGCGGUUCCCUUGAUAGGUAAACUGGGACUAAUCAGUCCCAUGUACCUCGUCUUAUGGCCAGAGAACUUCUUUCACAAAUUUCAGGUAUGGAGACCAAUCACCUCCACCCUAUACUUCCCUGUGGGUCCUGGAACAGGCUUCCUCUACCUAGUCAAUCUUUAUUUCCUCUACCAGUACUCUACCAGGCUGGAGACAGGGGCGUUUGAUGGGCGUCCGGCUGACUUUGUGUUCAUGCUGUUCUUCAACUGGCUCUGCAUCGUUAUAACCGGCUUAAUGAUGGACAUGCAGCUCCUGAUGAUCCCGUUGAUAAUGUCCGUCCUGUACGUGUGGGCUCAGCUGAACAGAGAAACUAUAGUCUCCUUCUGGUUUGGGACACGCUUCAAAGCAUGUUAUCUACCCUGGGUCAUCCUUGGAUUCAACUACAUUAUUGGGGGCUCUGUUGUCAAUGAACUGAUUGGGAACCUGGUGGGCCAUCUCUACUUCUUCCUGAUGUUUAAAUACCCCAUGGACCUGGGAGGCAGGUCCUUCCUGUCAACACCUGACUUCCUGUACCGCUUCCUGCCCAACAGACGAGGGGGCGUGUCUGGGUUUGGAGCGCCACCCAGCAGGAGACCUGCAGCUCCCGAGGCCGGUGGUGGUGGAGGAGGUAUGGGAGGACGUCAUGCCUGGGGAGCUGGCUUCCGUCUAGGGGACGACUGAGGAGACUGUCCUACCGAGUAGCAGGACAAAGACUCUUGUCUCCACUCCUCAAGACUACUGCCGAUGCACAAAUUAUGCAGAAGAAAGCAGAUUGUUUUUGUAUCCAACUCCCCUUCCUUUGAACUGUUCAGAAAAGAGAUGUCUCAGCUGUGGAUAUGAUCAGCAUGUUAUUCUUUCAGUGCUCUCUUUUACACAAGAUGCCAUAUCUGAUUACACUGUAAUUACAGGGCUCCUCCUAACCAGAGUGUUGCCGCAGCCAGCCUUUUCAGAGCGUGGGUUUGGCUAUUUAGAAAAGCAUUGUUCUGGGAGAGAACAGCCGAAGCACUAAGGACUGAAUUCUCUUUGCUCCUUAAAUAGAACACGGGGCAACAGCAACGCUCACGCUGGCUGUGUAGAUAGAGGCUCAUAUAUAAUAACACAAAACAAUAUUUCUUGUCCCCCCCCUGGGUCUACGCGGUUGUAUGAUCACACCACACUGAAUGUUUGUCUGUUUUGAAUGGGGGAGUAGGGUCGAAGUUGUGGGGGAUUGAAACAUGUAAUCUUCAACAUAGUAUAAUGAUGCAACAAUGCAGUUUGUAUUUUGAGAUAAAAGCCUACGGUUCGUGCUCCGACUGUCCCAGUAGAUGAUUUGGAUCCAUAUCAAACUGCAGUGUCAUGGUUCUCUUUCUCCUUUGAUUUAGCUCUGCAACAUGGCAAUUAAAUGAAACUGCAAGAUUUGACAAAUA